CGGUGUCAGUACAAAAUGAGCCACCAGAAGAUUGGCAUCGUGGGCAGUGGCCUGAUUGGCCGUGCCUGGGCCAUGCUAUUCACCUCGGCCGGAUAUCGUGUCCAGCUCUAUGAUAUUCUCGAUAUUCAAAUUGAAACUGCUCUCCAGGAGCUGAACAAAGAGCUGCAUCAGUUGGAGCAAAAGGGGUCGCUGCGCGGCCAAUUGAAGGCCAAAGAGCAAUUUGAAUUGAUUAGUGUCACCAGCAAGUUGGAGGAAUUGGUCCAGAAUGCUGUCCACAUACAGGAAUGCAUACCCGAGAAAUUGGAAUUGAAGCAAGAGCUCUAUGGCAAAUUGGAUGAGAUUCUUGAAUGCGGCACCAUUGUGGCCAGUUCUACAAGCACUUUUAUGCCUUCGUUGUAUAGCAAGGACCUCAGUAAAAAGCAGCAGAUGUUAGUGGCUCAUCCCUUGAAUCCACCAUAUUUCAUUCCCCUAGUGGAAAUAGUGCCAGCUCCUUGGACAUCUGCUGAGGCAGUGGAACGUACAUAUGACCUGAUGGUUUCCAUAGGCCAACGUCCGGUGAAACUUAAGCGAGAGAUUCAAGGAUUUGCCACGAAUCGCAUACAAUAUGCCAUACUGAACGAAGUUUGGCGUUUGGUGGGCUCUGGCAUAAUGACAGUGAACGAUGUGGACACGGUUUUGAGCCAAGGCCUGGGACUACGUUAUGCCCUAUUGGGAUCCCUGGAGACGGCCCAUCUGAAUGCUCCUGGCGGUGUAAAGGAUUAUUUUCAACGUUUCGGCGGUGAAAUUUCAGCAGUUAGUGCCACAUAUGGACCAACACCCAAUACUCUGAAGGAGGAGGAAACUCUGGAUGAUAUAGCCCAGCAGUGUGAAAAAAUUGUACCACUCGAUAAAUUGUCAGCUAGACGAGCUACCAGAGAUGCAUUCCUCACCGAGUUGGCAAAACUAAAAAAACAAUUCGAAUAGAAAUUAAUUACAUAACAUUUAUUUGGCUUA